AUGGGCGCAAUGCUGGUGGAUGGAAGCGCGCAUUGGGCAAACUCGGACGAAGGCGGGAUACACUCGAGCAACGGCCACGCCGGUGGCACUGUCAACUGGACCAUGGACCUGACGACCGAUUCACGUCCUGAGACAAUGUCUCCUGACAUGGAAGCUCUUCUGGCAAGAUCCACGCGUCCGCAAUGUAUUGCGCGCACGACGGAUCCGUCUGGAGGAGAGCCCCGGAUUCUAUCUCAACGAUAUGCGAAGGAUCGUGUCGAGUUCGCGCGGCUCAAGACGCUGGGCGUAAUGGAACAUCGAUUUCAUUUGGAUGGUCCGAUGAGUGGCGGUGCGACACGUCUGGGCCCCUUCUUCGACGACGUCCAAGCGCUCAUCUUCUUGGCGCCCAUUUCGGCGUUUGACCAGGUUCUCACAGAGGACCCAAGUGUCAAUCGCAUGGAGGACAGUUUGUUGCUGUGGAAGAGUAUCGUGAGCAACAAGUUGCUGAAAAUGUCAAUCUCGUGCUGUUCUCAACAAUGUGAUCUACUCCAACAAAAGCUGGAGGCGGGGACAAGGUUGGCGACGUACAUGACGAGCUACGGCGACCGACCAAAUGACUUUGAGAGUACUCUCCGCAACAAGUUUGCCGCUAUGCAUCAAGCGAACACGCCAAACCAAGAGCGCGACUUGUACAUCCACAUGACGUCUGUCGUCGAUACUCAAGCGACGAAGAAAAUCAUCACGAACGUCCGUGAUAUCCUCCUCCGUGACUCGCUCAAGGGCACGAAUUUGCUAUAA